GGAUCUAUUAAGAGAACUCUUUCACUGUACUACACUCACCCUCAGAAAAGUUUCUUUGAACGGAUUAAGCAGCUAAGCCAACAUGGCUUCUUUUGUCCAAAUCGAAUCAUCCAUGCCAAAAGCGAACCAGAUCUUCGACGAGAUCCGGUGGGUGAUCCAAAUCCGCCAGACGCUUGAGGAAGAGUUUGAAGACGAAACCGAGGUGCCAGUCUCCAUUUUCAGCGUCCCGAAAGUAUUAAUGUCUAGCGCCCCAGAUUUGUACACCCCAACACAAGUGGCGAUUGGUCCAUACUACCAUUGGCGCCCGGAGAUGUAUGAGAUGGAGAGAUACAAGCUUGCGGCGGCGAAAAGAUAUCAGAAGCAACUCCAAAGGAUCAAGUUCCAGAAUUUGGUGGAUCAACUGGUAAAGUUUGAGUCGAGAGUCCGAGCCUGCUAUCACAAGUACCUGGACUUCAACGGCAAGACACUGGCAUGGAUGAUGGCCAUUGACGCGUCGUUCUUGCUCGAGUUCCUCCAAGUCUACGCAAUCAAAGAAGGUAAGAUACUCUCCAGGGUCUCAUCGAGGAUGUCACAUUUGGUCGAUUAUGCAGGAAGGAAGUCUGCACACAAUGUCAUCCUUAGGGACAUAGUCAUGCUAGAGAAUCAAAUCCCACUUUUCAUAUUGAGGAAGAUGUUGGAAUUCCAAUUCGCAUCCCUCGACGAUGCUGACGACAUGUUGCUUGUGAUGCUAAUGGGGUUUUACAAGGAAGUUUCACCUUUCAAAGUGAUGGAGGCAUUGCCCACGAUACAAGUCUCCGCCUGGGCCCACUUGCUAGACUUCUUGUAUGACACCAUAGUACCCAAAGUGAAGGAACAGCCCGAGAUUGUUGAGGAGGAAGGUGACAACGAGGACAAUGAAGGACAGGCAAAAUCACCACGGUCAUUGUUGUCUUCCAGUGGCACAAAUUAUAUCAAGCAACUAUGUGAUCAAAUUUGGAAUUUGCUCUCCAAGUUGAGCAAAGGCCCUAUUGAAAUUGUUAAGAGGCAGCUUCUUUCAAACCCAGUGAAGGUAGUAUUGAAAUUGCCAUUGACUAUUCUCUCUAAAGUCCCACUUUUCUCAGUCUUGGCACAGCCUCUUGAGUCCUUAAUCUCAUCCCAAGUAAAAGAAGAGGGCAAGUCAGAAAAUGAAAACAGCAAUCCUCAUAAGCCACCUUCAGUUGAGGAGAUCACAAUCCCAUCGGUCUCUGACCUAUCCAAUGUAGGAGUCCGUUUCGUACCCACCAAGGGAAACCUCUCUACCAUCGGUUUCGACGCCAAGACGGCGACGCUUUACUUGCCUGCCAUAAGUCUGGACGUGAACUCGGAGGCGUGCAUGAGGAACCUAGUCGCUUAUGAGGCAUCCAACGCGUCAGGCCCAUUGGUUUUCACGCGCUACACUGAGCUCAUGAACGGUAUUAUAGACUCGGAUGAGGAUGUGAAGCUGUUGAGAGAGAGAGGGGUCAUUUUGAACCUUCUGAAGAGCGACGAGGAGGUCGCAAAGCUGUGGAACGGGAUGAGCAAGUCGAUCCGGUUGACAAAAGUGCCCUUCUUGGACAAGGCGAUCGAGGACGUGAACAAGUACUACAACGGGAGGUGGAAGGUCAAGCUCGGCAAGUUCAUGAAGCAGUACGUGUUCAGCUCAUGGCAAUUCCUGGCAGUGAUGGCUGGGAUUGUACUCUUGCUGCUCGUGACAUUGCAUGCCUUUUGCUCGGUCUAUAGCUGUUCUCGCAUAUUUCAUAUCAAAGCCCCAAGCAUAUGAUCAAUCAUAAAGAUGUCGUGUGUGUGUGUACGUGUUCCGUGUUUUUUUCUUUUAAUCUAGGGAAAAAGCACAGUCCUAUGCUCAGAUCCAGUAAAAUCUGGAUCAAGCUGGUGCACGUGAAAAUUUGCAUUUUGUUCAUAGCUUUUUAGCCGCAUGAUGAGUUUUUGUAAGAUUGUGGUGUAGUAUUAUUGAAGAGAGCAAGAGGGUUAUCGUGGGCAUGUUUUGUUGUUGUUCUAUAUCUGAUGUCAUAUAGAUUCAUCUUUGCAUUA